AUGGCUCCCAUCUUCAAGCCCCUUGCGCUCGCUAGCGCUCUUUUCGCUGCCAUCAGCUCGGCCGCCCCUGUCGACCUUAACAAACGUGAAAACGAUGUGGUGGUGGUGUGGACAACGGUCACCACUGUCGUCUGGACCACCGUCGAUGUGACUACUACCAUCUACCCUACCCCGCAGACUCCAACUCCCACUCCCCCUGUCGUUGAGUCUACCCCGACCCCGACACCUACUCCCGAGCAGCCCAAGCCCAUCGAGGCCUCUGUGCAGCCGGAAACCUCUCAGGCUCAGCCCGCUCCUGUCGCUGUACCAACCCCUGUCGCUUUUGCUGCGCCCGCCCCUGAAGAAAAGGCUCCUCAGCCUGCACCCCCCGCGGCUCCUUCCGCUUCUACUACUAGCCAGGCUCCUCAGUCCACCCCCACAGCCGCUAGCAGCGGCAGCUGUUCCAAGGACUCCCCCUUCGUUGGCCAGCUCACGUUCUACGACGCGGCUAUCGGCAGCUGCGGUCUGACCAAUGACGGCUUUACAGAGAACGUGGUCGCGCUUUCCAAGCUCAUAAUGACUGACGCUGACUGCGGCAAGACCGUGACCUUCACCUACAACGGUAUCACCAAGACCGGUACCGUCGUGGACAAGUGCAUGGGUUGCGACCCCACCCAUGCCGAUGUGUCCCGGCACCUCUUCGGCGAGCUGGCUGAUAUGAAUGCGGGCCUUCUCCAGGGCGUGUCGUGGUACAUCAACUAA